CGCUCCCCUUGCCACCGUUCCCUUCCCCCUUUGGCCCUUGGAAGGCAAACCCCUUCCUCUUUCCACACAUGGCCAAACCUGCCCUGCCCUCCCCCACCCCCACACUUCCCCCUCUUCCCCCAGCAGAUCAGUGCUGUGAGAGUGUCCCCGACCGGAGGAACUGCUCUCUGAGCAUCCUGUCACAAGGUCAGCGCCAGCCCAACUUGCAGCGAGGAAAGCCGAGAGUCAGGCCGCCCGGCGCUGGGAGGGCAGAGAUCGUGGCAGAAUGUCGGACUCCCUGGUCGUGUGCGAUGUGGACCCCGCGCUCAAGGAGAAGCUGAGGAAAUUCCGCUUCCGGAAGGAAACCAACAACGCGGCCAUCCUCAUGAAGAUUGACAAGGAGCGGCAGCUGGUGGUGCUGGAGGAGGAAUUCCAGGACAUCUCUCCGGAGGAGCUGAAGAGCGAGCUGCCAGAGCGCCAGCCCCGCUUUGUGGUGUACAGUUAUAAAUACGUCCAUGAUGACGGGCGCAUCUCCUACCCGCUCUGCUUCAUCUUCUCCAGCCCCGUCGGGUGCAAGCCGGAGCAGCAGAUGAUGUAUGCUGGGAGCAAAAACAGGCUGGUGCAGACAGCUGAGCUCACCAAGGUGUUCGAGAUCCGGACCACAGAGGACCUGACCGAGGAGUGGCUGCGGGAACGGCUGGCCUUCUUCCGCUAGGGGGUGGGGGGGGCGCAGAUCCCCCCCGACUCCACCGGGCCCGGGACACCCCCCUCCCCCAGCGACUGGCCGGGAAGCAAAUAAACCACUUGGGACCCAA